AGCUCUGAGACACCGUUUACUUCUCAACCUUUCUCCAGUAAAAGAGGAAGAAAAGAAUGCGCUAGCUUAAUGGAAAGAAAGCUUUAAUCUUCCAAAAUUCGCAUACAGCUUCUUCUAUUCUUUCACCCCAUAUAAUUAUGGAGGUGCAGGGCACUGUACCGGAAUCUCACCCUCCGAAAUUCACUCUCCCGGUGGACACAGAACACAAGGCAACAGAGUUUAGGCUAUUUUCAGUGGCAGCACCUCACAUGAGAGCAUUUCAUCUCGCAUGGGUUUCCUUCUUCUCUUGUUUUGUAUCCACGUUUGCGGCUCCUCCACUCCUUCCUAUUAUACGCGACAACCUCAACCUCACAUCAACUGACAUUGGCAAUGCAGGGAUUGCUGCUGUCUCUGGUGCGGUCUUUGCCAGACUUGCCAUGGGGACCGCUUGUGACCUGUUCGGUCCCCGUCUUGCAUCUGCCUCAUUAAUCCUCCUAACCACACCCGCAGUCUACUUCACUUCCAUUGCUUCUUCACCUGUUUCUUUCCUGCUUGUUCGCUUCUUUACAGGCUUCUCAAUUGCUACUUUUGUGUCAACUCAAUUCUGGAUGAGCUCCAUGUUCUCUGCUCCUGUUGUUGGUACUGCUAAUGGUGUUGCAGGUGGCUGGGGCAACCUUGGAGGUGGCGCAACCCAGCUGAUCAUGCCUAUAGUGUUUGGCCUUAUCCGUCACACUGGAGCAGAUAACUUUACAGCUUGGAGAAUUGCAUUUUUCAUACCUGCCUUGUUUCAAACGUUAUCAGCAUUUGCAGUUCUGAUUUUUGGCCAAGACUUACCGGACGGGAACUUUAGGGGGCUUCAGAAGUCGGGGGACAAACCAAAAGAUAAAUUCUCACUUGUUUUCUAUCAUGGCAUCACAAAUUACAGAGGAUGGAUUCUGGCAUUGACUUAUGGAUAUUGUUUUGGGGUUGAGCUGGCAGUGGAUAACAUAAUUGCCGAGUACUUCUAUGACAGAUUCAAUCUUAAACUCCACACUGCAGGAAUGAUUGCAGCAAGUUUUGGAUUAGCAAACGUGAUUUCUCGACCUGGAGGAGGGAUAAUAUCUGAUGUAGUGGCAAAGAGGUUUGGGAUGAGAGGUAGGCUAUGGACUUUGUGGGUGGUGCAGACCUUAGGAGGCGUGUUCUGUAUCAUUCUUGGGCAGGUGGGAUCUUUAAGUGCAUCCAUUGCUGUGAUGAUUGCUUUCUCUUUGUUUGUUCAAGCUGCAUGUGGGCUCACAUUUGGAGUGGUUCCCUUCAUCUCCCGAAGGUCAUUAGGGGUAAUAUCAGGCAUGACAGGCGGUGGAGGAAAUGUGGGUGCCGUUUUGACUCAAUUAAUUUUUUUCAAAGGAUCCAAAUAUUCAAAAGAAACGGGGAUUACUCUUAUGGGCGUCAUGAUCAUAUGCUGCACCCUUCCUAUAUGCUUGAUAUACUUCCCCCAGUGGGGUGGAAUGUUUUGCGGUCCAUCAGACAAGCAGACGGAAGAGGACUACUACAUGUCUGAAUGGAGUUCAACAGAGAAGGAGAAAGGAUUACAUCAUGCGAGCUUGAAAUUUGCUGAUAACAGUAGAAGUGAAAAAGGCCGAAGAGUAAAGGCUGCAGCCUUGCCUACAGAUGAAUCAUCACCUACACAAGUUUAAACAGUCUACAACUCUCAGCAAAUGAAACCAAGUAACACCAACUUAUUGCCUUGAUCCUUAACUCUCAAAAACUGAAGGAAGAGGUUGGUUUUUAAUGUAGCCAGCCUAUUUGUGGCUGGGCAGUCCUAGUGCACAAACUAAGGCACCAAGUUCAGUUAAACUUAUGAGAGAAAUGUAACACGUGAUAGAUUCAAUAUCAUCAAAUGGGAAAAUGAAAAUAUAUUGGGUUUUAUGUUGCA